UCCCGGCGUCUGCAAUAGUUCAACACCGCCGCCAUCUCUCUGUUCUCUGGAGAGUGAAGAACUGAAGAUGGUGAUUCCGACGAGGCUUACUCAAAUCGCUCAAAUACCCAUUUUUUUCCGUUACUUUUUGAUUCCUGCCGCUCCUUUUUCUACUCAUCUUCAUCAAUCUUCAGAACCCGGAGGUGAAAUCGAAAGAAUCACCAAAAUCAUCAACGGCCAUCCAUUUCCCGAUCAGCCCCUUCGACCUACUCUUCUUCACCAUAUUCCAUCUCCUCUUCCUUCAAACACUUUCCUGAAUGACGUUCUUGGCCGCCUGUUUGCAGCGCAUUCCAAUGGUCUCAAGGCUUUGGAGUUCUUCAAAUUCUGCCUCCACCAUUCUCAAGCUUCCCCAACUCCAGAUGCUUUUGAGAAGACGCUUCAUAUUCUCGCCAGGAUGAGGUAUUUCGAUCAAUCAUGGGAGUUGAUGCGUGAGAUUCAACGAACUCACCCGUUUUUGCUUACUCUUAAAUCCAUGAGCAUCUUGCUUACGAAGAUUGCGAAGUUUCAAUCCUUCGAAGAAACGAUCGAGGCGUUUCGGAGAAUGGAGAAUGAAGUGUUUGUUGGAAGGAAAUUUGGUACUGAGGAAUUUAAUGUGCUCCUUCGAGCCUUUUGCACUCAGAGACAGAUGAAAGAGGCGCGAUCAGUGUUCCUAAAGAUGUAUUCUCGAUUUCCCCCCAAUACUAAAACCAUGAAUCUCUUGCUUUUAGGUUUCAAGGAAUCCAGCAAUGUUACUGCUGUUGAGCUUUUCUAUCAUGAGAUGAUCAGGAGAGGUUUCAAGCCAGAUGUUGUGACUUACAGCAUCAGAAUGGAUGCAUAUUGCAAAAGAGGUUGUUUCGUGGAUGGUUUGAGAGUUUUCGAAGAAAUGAAGAGGGCAAAAUUUGAGCCUACAUUGGAAACAAUCACUACUCUGAUCCAUGGAGCAGGGGUAGCAAAGGACAUAGCCAAAGCACGCCAACUGUUUGAUGAAAUGCCUCUGAGAAAAUUGUGUCCUGACAUUGGGGCUUAUAAUGCUUUGAUAAGUUCCUUGAUUAGGUCUGAUGAUGUGAAUUCUGCAGCGGCUUUAAUGGAAGAUAUGGAAGCUAAACACAUUGGACAUGACAGUAUGACCUAUCAUAUGAUGUUCGUAGGCCUGAUGAAAUUGGAGGAUGUUCAUGGUUUUUAUGAGUUGUAUAGCAAAAUGAUACGACGGAAUUUUGUGCCGAAAGCACGAACAGUAGUCAUGAUUAUGAGGUUUUUCUGUGAAAAUCGUCGAGUUGAUUUGGGUUUGGAUUUGUGGGGCUAUCUGGUAGAGAAGGGAUACUGCCCUCAUAGUCAUGUAUUGGAUGUGUUGGUAACAGGAUUAUGUGCCCGUGGAAUGGUUCAUGAAGCAUUUGAGUGCUCCAAACAAAUGUUGGAGAGAGGGAGGCAAAUGAGCGAUGCAGCAUUUCUGAUCAUGGAGAGAUCUCUUUUGCAGGCAGAUGCAAAAGACAUAUUGGGGGAGCUUGAACAGUUGAGGAAGAAGCUUAAAACUGUUUUGCCCCCUCCAAAGCAGCUUCCAUACGAGAUUCCGGCAUCCUCAUAGACAAAUUGUGUAGUAAGUUUGGAACAACCUUUUACAUGAUGAAAAUUCCUCGAAAAAUCAGGAGAUAUUGUUAGUUUUGACCUGUUAUAUAUUGUUUUUAAUACGCGUCUAUUAGGUGAGGUUUUAGCUUCAAAUAUUGUUUGUUUUGGCCCGUUAGUUAGUAGAUAUUGUCAUAUUUGGGCUUCCCCUCAAGGUUUUAAAACUCGUCUACUAUGAAGACGUUUCCACCUCGUUAUAAGGAAUGUUUCGUUCCCUCUCCAACCAACGUGGGAUCUAGCUGACUUAUGGUAGCACAUUUUUCUUCGAAUUGAAAUGUUUAUGAGGUUUAGUUUAUUGAAACUUUUCUUGUCAUCUUAUUGAAAGUAUUGCCAGCAGAUUUCUUAAGCCGGGGAGCUUUGCCUGCACAAUGCAGACCACUUCACUCCAUAUUUGACUAAUCCUUUGCAGUGACCACAACAGAAAUACUGUUCCAUCUCAGAGCAGCCAUGGAUCCUCUAAUACAGCAAGUGGCAAGUAUGACCGUGACACUGUGCAUAGCAAUUUCCCAGGAUCACAAGGAAGCCUCUUCGGUCGCUCUAGAUGGCAUGGCCGGAUUAUAAGUGCGAGACGUCGAAGAGUAUCCUUGGGUACUGUACUGAAGCUUGCUCAUUUGUUGGUCCUCCUUAAAUGUCUCGUGCUCGAGCCACCCCUAUUUGUUGGCAACCGCUAGGUAGGUUUGUACAAGUUAAGUUGGUCCAAACACACACAAAUAUUUGAAGGAAAAAAAAACAUUUAAAAGGGUUUCUAUGUAUUGCACCCUCUGUUCUCUUUAACUUUGUAUAACUUGCAUAACUUGUCACAUGAAGAACUUAACCUCCAUUAUU